GGGGGUUAUUCAACGACGUCACCUGUUUUGCUUUUUGCUAAAUUAGACACAUUUUACUUUCUUCCAGGCGGACCAUGACUGGAAAACCACCUUUUGUUUGUGUUUGAGGACCAAAUAAACAAUUUCAUUUAUUUCUGCGCAUUUACGUUGUUCUUGAUCCGGACUUAAACGGGUGUGAACGUGACUCCAUCAAGUGUUUUUGUUUACGGCGCACUAGCGUGGUUCCUCGGUGUUAAGCUCAUUCCCGAUCGGGCUGCUGCUGGUGGACGUCUGUCAGACAUCUGCUCGCUGUGGGCGGGUGUGUUGGUGUGUUUGACAUAGGAAUGGGGAGUGAAGCGCGGACGCGCACAGAUUGUUGAUGGUUAGACGGGAAGUAAGUGGCGGCCGCCUCAGCUCUCCAAAGCUGUGAGCUUUGGCUGAGAGUGACGCGGCGCGCGCUGCCCCUAACAGGGCAUUACACAUACACACCUGUAUGGAUGACCAGACCCCCAGCGCCACCCAGUCGCCCUCAUCAGCAAGGCACAAGGGCAGAAACACGACUGACAAUCGGAGUUAUGGAGAGACUGGGAAGGACAUCAACAUGACGGUGGACAACACGCUGGAGGACUCGGCCGUGCUCUCGGCGCCUCACGUGUCGGUGGAUCGAUACGAGCGCAGCCGACAAGGAUGCUGCGAGAGGGUGGUCAUCAAUAUUUCGGGUUUACGCUUCGAGACGCAGCUGAAAACUUUUAACCAGUUUCCAGACACGCUGCUGGGAGACCCCAGGAAAAGGAUGCGCUACUUUGACCCACUUCGGAACGAGUACUUCUUCGACAGGAACAGACCGAGUUUUGAUGCCAUCCUUUACUACUACCAGUCGGGGGGGCGCAUCAGGAGACCCGUGAACGUCCCCAUUGAUAUUUUCUCCGAGGAGAUCAGGUUUUAUCAACUCGGGGAAGAGGCGAUGGAGAAAUUCCGCGAGGAUGAAGGAUUUAUAAAAGAGGAUGAGCGCGUGCUUCCCAAAAACGACUUCAAGAAGCAGGUUUGGCUUUUGUUUGAGUAUCCUGAGAGUUCUGGACCAGCGAGGGGGAUAGCUAUCGUUUCAGUGCUUGUUAUUUUAAUUUCAAUAGUCAUUUUCUGCAUGGAGACUUUGCCUGAAUUCCGGGAUGAGAAGGAUUUGGCCACAGUGGCGCCCACAGUGAACGGCACUGCCCCAUAUGUACCAAGCCCCUUCACAGACCCCUUCUUUGUGAUUGAGACGCUGUGCAUCAUAUGGUUUUCUUUUGAGCUGCUGGUCAGGUUCUUUGCCUGCCCCAGCAAAACCACUUUCUCCAAAAACAUUAUGAACAUCAUUGAUAUUGUGGCUAUAAUCCCAUACUUCAUCACUCUAGGGACUGAGCUGGCAGAGAGACAAACCAACAGUGGCCAGCAGGCGAUGUCCCUCGCCAUCCUCAGGGUGAUCAGACUGGUCAGAGUUUUUCGCAUAUUUAAGCUCUCACGACACUCAAAGGGACUCCAGAUUCUGGGGCAGACGCUCAAAGCCAGCAUGCGGGAGCUGGGCUUGCUCAUAUUUUUUCUUUUUAUUGGAGUCAUCCUCUUCUCCAGCGCGGUUUACUUUGCAGAGGCGGAUGAUCCCUCAUCCAGCUUCACCAGCAUCCCGGAUGCGUUUUGGUGGGCAGUCGUCACCAUGACUACAGUGGGAUAUGGGGACAUGCACCCAGUCACCAUUGGUGGUAAAAUAGUGGGUUCGCUGUGUGCAAUAGCAGGCGUGUUGACCAUUGCUUUACCCGUGCCAGUGAUUGUGUCCAACUUUAACUACUUUUACCACAGAGAGACGGAUGGAGAAGAGCACCAGCAGUACCUUAACACAGCUAGCUGCGACCACCUCCCCUCUGAGGAGCUGAGGAGGUGCAGUUCCUCCUCUCUCAGCAAGUCAGAGUACAUGGUGAUAGUAGAGGGCAUCAAUAGUAUGCUCAAACAGCCCAACUACACCACAGAAAGCAACCAGAACUGUGUGAACAUCAAGAAGAUCUUCACCGACGUGUAAAUGAACCCAGUGGUGAAUUUUUAAUGAAGCAUGAAAACAUAUUAGGCCUAACUAUGAGUUGUGUUUAGCCAAUCAUGAUGUGUUAGUCCAUAUCUGUGGCUGAACGCAGCAAAGGUCCUUUUAAACCGACAUAAUCCCAGCCAGCAUGCAUAGGUGGGCCCCAUAUGGGAUAUUUAUGGGGAAUGAAUGGAGGACAGACACUCACUUUUGGUAUGCAUACAGUCACAAAAACAUAACAUUCAUGAUUGAGAUACAGGUGUAGCAUUUACCAUAGCAUUAAAUUCUGCCUCAUUUCAGUAAAAGUGAAUAGAGGUAAUGAAGGGAUCCAAAAUUAUACCAAUGGCCACAACAAAUUAGGGCUGUAGUUUGGGUCGAACCAUCUGAGUCCCGCUGAAAACCUCUGUGGGGCCACGAUGGAAACCAACACAAAACCUGUUGCAACCCAUUCUGUUUCUCAAAUACACCGCCUGGUCAAAAAAGAAAGAAAAAUGUUGCCACCUGGAUUUAUGUAAGCAAAUAGAAACCUCCUAUUGGAUAAUUACUGCAUGGGUGAUUAUAUUUCAGCUGCAAAGUUAUUGAACCCCAACUGGUGCAAUGAGCUGCUUCUUAUUUCUUAAACAAGCACGUGGAAAGACACAUCAGGUGGUCAUGGAAAGGUGUUAGUCUGGGUGAGAAGGGUCAGAUCGUCAGCAUCAAGCAGAGAAAACAUCUAAGGAGAUUGUAGAAACGACUAAAACUGGGUUCAGAACUUUCCAACGUGUUAUGAAAAACUGGUCUGAUGAGUCCAGAUAGACCCUGUUCCAGAGUGAUGGUGCAUCAGGGUAAGAAGAGAGGGAGAUGAAGUGAUGCGCCCAUCAUACCAAGUGCCUACUGUACAAGCCUGUGGGGGCAGUGUUAUGAUCUGGAGUUGCUGCAGUUGGUCAGGUCUAGGUUCAGCAACAGGAUGUGCUCCAAGAAUGAGGUCAGCUGACUAACUGAAUAUCUUGAAUGACCAGGUUAUUCCAUCUUCUCUGAUGGCACGGCCAUAUUCCAAGAUGACAAUGCCAGGAUUCAUCGGGCUCAGAUAGUGAAAGAGUUGUUCAGGGAGAAUGAGACAUCAUUUUCACACAUGGCUUGGCCCCAGCGUCCAGACCUUAACCCUGAUGAGAAUCUUUGGGAUGUGCUGGAGAAGGCUUGGUGCAGCGGUCAGACUCUACCAUCAUCAGUGCAAGAUCUUGGUGACACAUUAAUGCCACACUGGAUGGAGAUAAAUCUGGUGAUGUCAGAAGCUUCCAUCUGGGGCCCACCUAUGUAUGCUGGCUGAGAUUAUUCAGUUCCUCUGGAAAAACCAAUUGGGGGUUUAACGAACAAUUGAAACUAUCAUUAAACCUGAUAUGUAUUUAUAGCAUAAAUUUGCCUCAUGAUGCCUACAUAUCAUUGUUAUAAUGCAAAAGUUGUUCCCGACUGAAGUACAGGUGUCAUCUCUACCAAAAAUAAAAAAAUGAAUACUAAAAACAACAUUGUGUCCUUGGUGGGAAGAACCGUUUUGUUGUCUUAUCCACAGCUUAUGGUGUUUAUGUAGCUAGAUGCUUGCUGGGGUUAUGUUUGAUAUCACCACCCAUCCAUGUGUUGACCUCUGCAGCGGUGCAGAUGGAAACGCUUAUCAUACAUUUUAAAAGUUGAGCUUUUCUUGUAUUUUCAUCCAGAAAUGCCUAUAAUAUAAUCUAUACUGAAUAAAAGAGUGAAGUGAA